AAGAAAAGAAGAAAGGUGAAAAGACAAGCCAUUGGCAAAAGAUCGACCUUCAAAUAACACUGGUAUGAUCCCCACCGGACUCCGAUUCACCGGUUUCAGUCGACAUAGAAUUGCCACUCCGCACACUCUAGCAGCUCACUUCUUCUCGAUUCCUGCUCGCACUCUAUAAUGGUGAAGACUUACGUGAGAGAGAAUGUGCCCCUCUCUCGUUUUGGUGUAUUGGUAGCUCAGCUGGAAUCCAUAGUUGCGUCCGCUGCUCAACAACCUCCGGAGCCCCUUCUAUGCUUCGAUCUUCUAUCCGAUCUCAUUUCCGCCAUCGAUGAAGAACCCAAGGAAUCUAUACUGUUGUGGCAAAGAAAAUGCGAGGAAGCACUCUAUUCUCUACUCAUUCUUGGUGCUAGACGACCAGUGCGUCAUCUCGCAUCAGUAGUAAUGGCAAGAAUUAUAUCCAAAGGAGAUACAAUUUCAGUAUAUUCACGAGUUAGUAGUCUUCAAGGGUUUCUGUCUGAUGGGAAAAGGAAUGAACCUCAUAAGCUUGCUGGCAUUGCCCAAUGCUUGGGAGAAUUAUAUCAGCACUUUGGGAGAAGAAUCACUUCUGGUUUGCUUGAGACGACCAUUAUUGCUGCAAAGCUUAUAAGAUUUAAUGAGGAUUUUGUGAGACAAGAAGCUCUGCAUUUGCUUCAGAAUGCUUUAGAAGGAUCGGGGGGUACUGCAGCUGCUUCAGCGUACACUGAAGCAUUUCGUCUGAUUACUCGUGUGGGGAUUGGUGAUAAAUCAUUCAUUGUUAGAAUAGCAGCUGCAAGAUGUCUGAAGGCAUUUGCCAACAUUGGAGGACCAGGGUUGGGGGUUGGAGAACUUGAUAGUUCAGCCUCUUUUUGUGUUAAGGCACUGGAGGAUCCAAUUGCAUCUGUUCGGGAUGCAUUUGCUGAAGCUUUGGGUUUGUUACUGGCUCUUGGAAUGAAUCCUGAAGCUCAGGUUCAACCAAGGGGAAAAGGUCCAUUCCCUCCAGCAAAGAAACUAGAAGGCGGUUUGCAUCGACAUCUAUCUUUGCCAUUUAGUAAAGCAAAUGCACCACGGUUGAAGGAAAUUCGUGUUAGCCUUACAUUAUCUUGGGUGUUCUUUUUGCAGGCCAUUCGUCUCAGAUAUCUGCAUCCAGAUACUGGACUCCAAGAUUUUGCACUGCAGGUUAUGGAUGUACUUCGUGUAGAUACUUCUGUGGAUGCCCAUUCAUUGGCUUGUGUGCUCUAUAUUCUUAGGGUUGGCAUUACUGAUCAAAUGACAGAACCCACCCAAAGAAACUUCUUGGUUUUUCUUGGAAAUCAGCUGCAAUCUGAAGAUGCUAGCCCUUCAAUGAAGAUUGCUUGCUUGCGUACUUUGUCUUAUACUCUGAAAACUUUGGGAGAGGUUCCAUCCGAGUUUAAGGAAGUACUUGACAGCACGGUUAUUGCUGCCGUUUCUCAUUCUUCACAACUUGUACGCAUUGAAGCCGCUCUAUCAUUGCGCACAUUGACAGAGGUUGAUCCUAACUGUGUUGGUGGGUUAUUUUCUUAUGGAGUAACCAUGCUAACAGCUCUAAGAGAGAAUGUUUCGUUUGAAAAGAAUUACAAUUUGCAAUUGGAGCUUGAUUCUUUGCAUGGUCAAACUGCUGUAUUGGCAGCUUUAGUGUCUGUAUCUCCCAAACUACCUCUUGGUUAUCCAUCUAGAUUUCCUAGAUCAGUGCUUGAAGUGUCAAAGAAAAUGCUGACAGAUCCCUCCCGAAAUCCUGUUGCUACCACCGUAGAAAACGAAGCUGGAUGGUUGCUUUUAUCAUCAUUAUUAGCUUGUAUGCCUAAGGAGGAACUUGAAGACCAGGUUUUUGAUAUUCUUUCCUUAUGGGCUGCGUUUUUUUCUGGAAACAUGGAACAUGAAAUCCAUCAAACUGGGGAUUUGACUUCUAGGAUAUGUGUUUGGUCUGCUGCCAUUGAUGCGCUCACAGCAUUUAUUAGAUGCUUUAUUUCUCCAGAUGUCACAAGUGCUGGGGUUUUUCUUCAACCAGUGAUUGUUUACUUGAGCAGAGCCCUAUCCCUUAUUUCAAUAUUAGCAACCAAGGAUCUUGCCAGUUCGAGACCUGCAUUAAACAUCUUGAUCAUAAGAACAUUAAUUGCUUAUCAGUCUCUUCCUGAUCCGAUGGUGUAUAAAAAUGACCACUCUCAGAUUAUUCAGUUAUGCACAAGCCCUUUCAGAGAUGCCUCUGGAUGUGAAGAAAGCUCGUGCUUGAGGUUAUUACUUGAUAGACGAGAUGCAUGGUUGGGUCCUUGGAUUCCUGGAAGGGAUUCAUUUGAGGAUGAGCUUCGUGCUUUUCAAGGAGGAAAAGAUGGGCUUGUUCCAACGAUAUGGGAAGAAGAAAUUUCAAAUUUUGCUCAGCCAGAGACAAUAAACAAAAAAUUGGUGAACGAGAUGCUUCUGUGCUUUGGCGUUAUCUUUGCUUGUCAGGACAGUAGUGGAAUGCUGUCUCUUCUUGGAGUAAUAGAGCAGUGUCUGAAAACCGGAAAGAAACAGCCGUGGCAUGCUGCUAGUGUCACUAAUAUAUGCGUGGGGCUGCUUGCAGGUUUCAAGGCGCUUCUUUCUUUCCGUGUGCCACCUGUAAGCCUUGAGAUUUUAAGUUCUGCUCAGGGUAUUUUUCAGAGUAUUAUGGCUGCUGGAGACAUUUGUGCAGCACAACGUAGAGCUGCUGCUGAAGGUCUUGGGUUAUUGGCUCGUCUUGGGAAUGAUGUUUUUACUGCAAGAAUGAUCAGAUCGCUGCUUGGUGACCUAACUGGAAUGACAGACUCUACUUGUGCUGGAUCAAUUGCUUUUGCACUUGGUUGCAUACAUAGAAGUGCAGGAGGGAUGGCUCUAUCGACAUUAGUUACGGGAACAGUAAAUUCAAUAUCUAUGCUGGCUCGGAGUUCAAUUACCAGUUUGCAGACAUGGUCUUUGCAUGGACUUCUUUUGACCAUCGAAGCUGCUGGCUUGUCCUAUGUAUCCCAAGUUCAGGCAACUCUUGGGCUAGCACUGGAUAUCCUUCUAUCAGAGGAGAAUGGAUUAGUUGAACAUCAGCAAGGAGUCGGUCGCCUAAUAAAUGCUAUUGUUGCUGUUCUUGGUCCUGAGCUGGCCCCAGGAAGCAUUUUCUUUUCACGUUGUAAGUCAGUUGUUGCAGAGAUAAGCUCUUGGCAAGAAGCAUCAAUCAUGCUUGAGAGUGUCCGAUUUACUCAACAACUUGUUUUGUUUGCCCCGCAAGCCGUUUCUGUGCACUCCCACUUGCAAGUUCUUCUUCCAACAUUAGCCUCUAAACAGCCAACACUAAGACAUCUUGCUGUAUCUACACUUCGGCAUCUUAUUGAAAAAGAUCCAGUUCCCAUCAUUGAUGAGCAAAUAGAAGAGAGCUUGUUUCAUAUGUUGGAUGAAGAAACUGAUUCAGACAUUGCAAAUAUGGUGCGUACUACAAUCAUGCGCUUACUCUAUGCAUCGUGCCCUUCAUGUCCCUCUCACUGGAUAACAAUAUGUCGAAAUCUUGUUCUUGCUACAUCAACAAGGAGAAAUAUUGAGUAUAAUUCCAACUCAGAAAAUGAUCCUUCAAAUGCUCUGGACGGUGACAUAAAGUUGAACACUGGAGAUGAUAAUGAGAAUAUGGUUUCUGGUCACAAGAGAGUUCCAAUACCUGGACAUGCUCUAGAGUCUUCCAAUAUUAUAAUUCAGAGGGAUAAACACCUUAGAUAUCGAACCAGAGUUUUUGCUGCCGAGUGUCUCGGUCAUCUACCUGGUGCGGUUGGAAAGGAUGCAGCACAUUUUGACCUUUAUUUAGCAAGGAAUGAAUUGGCUAAGGGGCCCUCCUCUGGUGAUUGGCUAGUACUUCAUGUGCAAGAGCUUAUUUCACUUGCUUAUCAGAUUAGCACAAUUCAAUUUGAAAGUAUGAAGCCAAUUGGUGUUGGACUCCUAAGUUUGAUUAUUGAUAAGUUUCAACACAUAGCUGAUCCCGAGCUUCCUGAUCACCUUCUAUUGGAGCAAUAUCAGGCCCAAUUAGUAUCUGCAGUUCGGUCUGCCUUAGAUGCAUCCUCUGGCCCUAUUCUUUUGGAGGCAGGAUUACUGCUGGCCACUAAGAUCCUCACAAGUGGAAUAAUUGAUGGUGAUCAAGUUGCUGUAAAGCGCAUCUUUUCAUUAAUAUCACGGCUAUUGAAUGACUUCAAGGAACUCUAUUAUCCUUCUUUCGCUGAAUGGGUCUCAUGCAAGAUUAAGGUUAGACUUCUGGCUGCACAUGCCUCUCUCAAAUGUUACACAUAUGCACUUUUGAGGAGACAUCAGAGUGAAGUUCCACACGAGUAUCUAGCACUGUUACCGUGGUUUUCAAAAACUUCAGCUGUAUUGGGGAAGCAUUGGAUUGGGGUUCUAAUGGAUUACAGCCAUACCUGCUUAUUCUUCCAUCCCAAGAAAAGAUGGAAUCCGUUUCUCGAUGGAAUUGAAUCACCUCUUGUUAUAUCAAAGUUACAAUCUUCACUAGAAGAAUCCUGGCCAGUUAUUUUGCAGGCCAUUGCACUGGAUGCACUUCCAGUGAACCUUGAUGGGAUUGCAAGCUCGUCUAUUAAUAAUGCAUCGGAAAACAACUUUUUAUCUGGAUACAGCAUGGUUGAACUGGAAUGUGAUGAAUAUCAAUUUCUGUGGAGCUUUGCUCUUUUUUCUUUGUUUCGUGGACAUCAACAUCCUGGGAAAGAGAACAUAUCAAUAUCUUCUACCACAACAAGUGUUGUUGAGGAAUCUCCUAAGGAAACCACCAAUUCUAUAGAACUAAAACUCUAUGAAAUUGUACUACCAGUGCUCCAAUCUUUGUCAACUGUAAAGUUCUGUAGUGCAGGAUAUUUUACGGUUGAUAUCUCCAUAGAACUUCUUCAGGUUUUCUCAUAUUACACAUUCUUGGAUAUCUCUUGGAAUUCUCUUGCAGCAUCUGUGCUGUCCCAGAUUGUUCAGAACUGCUCAGAAAAUUUUCUUCAAGAGGAGGGUUUUGCUUAUCUGGCAUUGGAAUUAUGUCUGGCUUUUCUUUUUCGAAUGUAUCAGAGUAUGAACUUUAGACAGCUAGAUCAUCAUCCAAAUUGGGAGGAUUUGGUAUCAUCACUAUUUGUUACAGUUAAGGUACUCAUGGAGCGCUUUGAAUUCAAGAAACAAAUUCUAUCUUUGCUGCUGGCCUUUUUCUCAGUUGGACUCAAAUACUUUAGGGACACGUCAACUGAACUCUGCUUAUCUAAAGUAAAUGAUUUUAUUAGGUCUUUUGGCCAUAUACUAGAGAAACUUAUCCAAGGUAAGCUUUUGGAAAUAGUAACUGGUUGCAAAGGAUGUCAAAGUAUUUCCAUGUCCAACUUAGAUAGAACCAAGCUUGGCGAGGAUAGUCUUCGUAUGAAAAUACUUCUUGGAACUUGUAUGAAUUUGGUUGUGGAUUUAUGCAACAAUUGUGUUGAGGGCAUUCAUUUGGUUAAGAACAAAAGCUCCAAGCUCCAGAGACUACUGCAAGUAAAGCUUGCUUUUUCUCUCGAGCAAAUUAUUUCACUUGGAAAGCUUGUUUAUCUUGCUGGGUGCCUUGAAGCAGAUGUCGAGAUUGAGAAAGUAUGUUUUUCUGUUUUCAAAUAUGGGACUGAAUGCAUCAGAAACGUACUUCACGAUUCAAAUUUUCAGGUUCAGGCAAUUGGAUUGCAAGUACUAAAAGGAAUGACCCAAAAAUACACAAAUAACGAAGAAAAAGUUUUCCUUCUGUUUUUUGUUGGGGAGCUCAUUGGAGAUGUUUUGGCGACGAUUGAUAUGGUGCUAAAGAAACCAAUAACUAAAGAAUCAAUAGCGGUUGCGGUUGAGUGCUUGAGAUUCUUAGUGCUCCUACAAACAGUGUCCAAUGUCGGUGAAUGCCAGAAAACGUUUAUGAAUCUGCUUUUAGAAGCCGUCGUCAUGGUUUUCUCUGCAUCUUCAGGCUCUAGGGAACUUGAAGAAUUGAAGAGUACAGCGAUAAAGCUUGUUUCUCAUCUUGCUCAGAUACCUGCCUCUGCUGUUAUUUUCAAGGAUGUCAUAUUGUCAAUGCCAGUGAUGCAUCGGCAACAACUGCAGGGGGUUAUUCGUGCUUCUGUGACACAAGAUCAACAUCCAACUCAGAAGAAUCUCUCAACACCAAUACUGGAGAUAAAAGCACCAUUGAUAAAGGUGAAUAGAGAGCAAGAUUCCUCUUCACACACGGCUGAGUGCAGCAUUGAAAACAAUCCCGCUAUUGUCAGCGAAGAAGAUGAGGAUGAAGACGAGGAUGACUGGGAUACUUUCCAGUCUUUUCCUGUUUCCUCACGAGAAGUAAUUACCGAUAACGUCACAGAAUCUCAUGAAACUGAGGACUCCAAAGUUAUUGAAAUUAGUAGUCCUAGUGUUAGCAUGGAAGACGUCGCUCCCCUUCCAAUUCACGAAUUGAAGAUUGAGAAUACUGAACAUGAAGAAACCAGUGAAGAGGUAUCGGCGUCAUUGAGUCAGAGAUCUUCAGACGGAGAUCAAAUUAGCGAGAGGAGCAGAAUGCAAGAAGUCAGUGAUCGAGAAAGUGGAAAUGUUGAUAUCGUUCUCAAUCAGGAACAAGAACUAAGUGAAGGGACUGAACAAGUAGUAUCUCAACUUCAACUAGCUGAAGGUGUAGAAGCUUCUGCUAUAGUCAGCUCCUCGGAGGAUCAUAAACCAGUGGACAAAAGCCCAGAUAACAAAACCAAGCCGGUAACUUCAGAUCGUGAAAUACUUGACAAUGAAGCAGAAAAUGAUCGUGUCAGAGUAUACAAAGAAGGCAAUGAAACCGAUAGCUAAAACUUCGAGCAUUGACAAUGAACAGAGGAAUGAAAGUUUAUGAUUACCAAUAUAGAAGCAUUGUUAUAGUAGAUCCAUUGUUCAGGUUUACAAUAGACUUGUAUUGUCAUCAUGCUUGUAGGUUAAAUAUUAGGUGUUCUUUUUCUUACUCCCAAUAUCUUUAUUAAUUUCCAUCCUAUAUAUAUUUACAAGUAGGGUGGCUUUUGACUUUAUGUGUUGGCUAAAUUUUGUAAAACAGGACGUGAUAACAUUGGAAUUUUGAGAAUUUAGUUA